CGCGGGCGCGCACGGCGGCCCCCGGGCCCCGACGAGCGGCAGCGGCGGCGGCGGCGGCGGCGGCUGCGGGCGGGAGCCUGGCGAGCUGCAGGCACCAGAUUAAAGGAUUUACCUGAAGACAAAGCAUUCUAUUCAUCAGAGACUGGACAAGAGUUACUCUUGCUUUUGGCAAUUAAAGAUGGUGUUGUCAUGGAAACAGUUGAUCCUGCUUUCAUUCCUUGGCUGCCUAGGAGGCGAGCCACUCUUACAAGGCCCUGUGUUUAUCAAAGAGCCCAGCAAUAGCAUCUUCCCUGUUGAUUCAGAAGAUAAAAAAAUCACCUUGACUUGCGAAGCCAGAGGCAACCCUUCACCUCAUUACAGAUGGCAGCUGAAUGGAAGUGAUAUUGAUAUGAGUAUGGAACAUCGUUAUAAGCUGAAUGGAGGAAAUCUUGUGGUUAUUAACCCCAACAGAAACUGGGAUACAGGAAGCUACCAGUGCUUUGCAACAAACUCACUUGGAACAAUUGUCAGCAGAGAAGCUAAACUCCAGUUUGCCUAUCUUGAAAAUUUUAAAACUAAAAUGAGAAGUACGGUGUCAGUGCGUGAAGGCCAGGGAGUCGUCCUGCUCUGUGGACCCCCGCCACACUCUGGAGAACUCUCCUAUGCCUGGAUCUUCAAUGAGUACCCCUCGUUUGUUGAAGAAGAUAGUCGGAGAUUUGUCUCUCAAGAGACAGGGCACCUGUACAUAGCGAAGGUGGAGCCGUCCGACGUGGGGAAUUACACGUGUGUGGUGACAAGCACGGUGACAAACGCCAGAGUACUAGGCUCGCCGACUCCAUUGGUGCUGCGGUCUGAUGGUGUGAUGGGUGAAUACGAACCCAAAAUAGAAGUUCAGUUUUCAGAAACUCUUCCAGCUGCUAAAGGUUCAACUGUGAAAUUGGAAUGUUUUGCCCUUGGAAAUCCUGUUCCUCAGAUUAACUGGAGAAGAAGUGAUGGGCUACCCUUUUCCAGCAAAAUUAAAUUGAGGAAGUUCAAUGGUGUGCUUGAAAUUCCCAACUUCCAGCAGGAAGACACGGGCUCCUAUGAGUGCAUUGCUGAGAACUCAAGAGGGAAGAACGUUGCUAGGGGACGUCUCACUUACUAUGCAAAGCCUCAUUGGGUUCAACUCAUCAGGGAUGUGGAAAUAGCAGUUGAGGACAACCUGCACUGGGAAUGUCGGGCGAGUGGUAAGCCCAAGCCCUCCUACCGAUGGCUGAAAAAUGGAGAAGCUCUGGUGCUAGAGGAGAGAAUACAGAUAGAAAAUGGUGCCCUCACAAUAUCAAACCUAAACGUGACAGACUCUGGCAUGUUCCAGUGCAUAGCAGAAAACAAACAUGGUCUCGUCUAUUCCAGUGCUGAACUCAAGGUUGUCGCCUCUGCUCCAGACUUUUCAAAGAAUCCAAUGAAAAAGUUGGUUCAGGUGCAGGUGGGCAGCGUGGUCAACUUGGAUUGUAAACCCAGAGCCUCCCCCAGGGCUCUGUCUUCCUGGAAGAGAGGAGAUACGAUGGUGCAGGAACAUGACAGAAUUUCUUUCUCAAAAGAGGGAGGACUCAAAAUAACCAAUGUGACUAAAGCUGAUACUGGAAUGUAUACCUGUACAGCAGAAAACCAGUUUGGGAAAGCAAAUGGAACAACACAUUUGGUGGUUACAGAACCAACAAGAAUAACUUUGGCACCAUCCAACAUGGAUGUCUCAGUAGGCGAAAGUGUCAUUUUGCCCUGCCAGGUGCAACACGACCCCUUGUUGGACAUCAUGUUUACCUGGUAUUUCAAUGGGGUCCUCACGGAUUUUAAGAAAGAUGGAUCUCACUUUGAGAAAGUUGGUGGGAGUUCAUCUGGGGAUUUAAUGAUCAGAAACAUUCAGCUGAAGCACAGUGGGAAGUAUGUCUGUAUGGUGCAAACAGGAGUGGACAGCGUUUCAUCUGCUGCCGACCUCAUAGUGAGAGGUUCACCUGGGCCACCGGAAAAUGUGAAGGUAGUUGAGAUUACAGAUACAACCGCCCAACUGUCUUGGGAGGAAGGUACAGACAACCACAGCCCCAUCAUCACCUAUUCUAUCCAGGCGAGGACACCUUUCUCCGUGGGUUGGCAAGCCGUCACAACAGUGCCUGAGGUCAUCGAUGGGAAAACACACACAGCCACUGUUGUUGAGUUAAACCCCUGGGUGGAGUAUGAAUUUCGGGUUGUAGCCAGUAACAAAAUCGGAGGUGGAGAACCCAGUUUGCCCUCAGAAAAAGUAAGAACUGAAGAGGCAGUUCCUGAGGUGCCACCUUCUGAAGUCAGUGGCGGAGGGGGAAGCCGGUCGGAGCUUGUGAUUACGUGGGACCCAGUCCCUGAAGAACUACAGAACGGUGAAGGUUUUGGAUAUGUGGUUGCUUUCCGCCCUCUUGGGGUUACCACCUGGAUCCAGACGGUGGUGACAUCCCCUGACACCCCGAGAUACGUCUUCAGAAAUGAAAGCAUUGUGCCAUUUUCCCCCUACGAAGUUAAAGUGGGUGUUUACAACAACAGAGGCGAAGGACCGUUCAGCCCAGUGGCAACAGUGUUCUCUGCAGAAGAAGAGCCUACAGUGGCCCCAUCCCAAGUUUCUGCAAAUAGCCUGUCUUCCUCAGAAAUCGAAGUUUCAUGGAACACCGUUCCUUGGAAGCUAAGCAACGGACAUUUGCUUGGCUACGAGGUGCGGUACUGGAAUAACGGAGAGGAAGAGGACUUGUCAAGCAAAGUGAAAGUGGCAGGAAAUGAGACAUCAGCCAGACUCCGAGGCCUGAAAAGCAACCUGGCCUAUUACACAGCUGUCCGAGCUUACAACAGUGCAGGUGCUGGUCCCUUCAGCACCACCGUUAACGCAACCACCAAGAAAACACCUCCCAGUCAGCCACCAGGAAAUGUUGUCUGGAAUGCUACCGACACGAAAGUGUUACUUAAUUGGGAGCAAGUUAAAGCAAUGGAGAAUGAAUCAGAAGUAACAGGAUACAAAGUUUUCUAUAGGACUAGCAGUCAAAAUAAUAUGCAAGUGCUGAGCACUAAUAAAACGUCGGCUGAACUCUUGCUCCCCAUCAAAGAAGACUAUAUCAUUGAGGUCAAGGCCACAACAGAUGGAGGCGAUGGGACCAGCAGUGAACAGAUCAGGAUUCCAAGGAUAACCAGUAUGGAUGCAAGAGGAUCCACUUCAGCCAUCUCCAACGUCUGCUCUGUGUCAGGCUAUAUCCCUAUAGCACUCUUCUUUAUUGUGAAUGCCCUGUGGUGAUAUCUACUCUUUUUUGGUACUCAUCGGAAAGUUCAUUGGUUACCCGAAAAAAGUGCUUUCAUGAAACGCAGUGAUUAUGCAUGUGUUUUUCAACCCUGUAUUUUUAACUUUCUACUUCAUUAUAGGUAAAAUAUGAAUAUAAUAAAACAGUACAUCCUUUUAGGGGAAUCUGAAAUGCCUUAAUAUUUACUUGAUAAACCAAAGGAAUUUACAUAUUAUGUACUUCAGAUUUUUGAUAUAAUUGAUCUUAAGCUAUGAAUUUAAGCACUGCCUAUAGUUAAAGACUCACACACUCUCAAGUGUACACACACACACACACACACACAGAGGCACAGAUAAACAGAUGUGAAGGUUUUUUUUUCAUUAAUAAACUCACUUAAUCCGAAUGCUAUUUCCUUAUUAUAACAGCAGUAUUUCUAAGAUGUAAUCAGUGUCAUUUUGAAAUGCUGACUUAAAUCCUCAAAGGUAAAAAAUGCAUUUUAAAAAUUAUCAAGUUGGAUGAAGGCAGGAUGUGAUUUGGAGAGUGGGGCUGGAAGUGCCUGUCUGGGCUCUGGUUCAGGAUACUAUGAAAUGGCCAAGAGAAUUUAGAAACCACUUUGCUCUCUGAAUUUCUCAAUUACUCGUCUGUAAAAGGUAGAGAUAAUAAUACGAUCUGCUCCGUCUCUGCCCCAUAAAUCAAUCGUUUAAUGAUAGAGAGGAAAACAUGAAAGUACUUUGGCACCCCAAAUGCAGCGGGCCUGUGCUGAAUGUUACCAUGAAUUUCCUUCAGUACGUAGAAGUUACGAGGACCGGCUGGUUCAUCUUGCAUUCUACUUUCUAGAGAAUGCCUUCUAUUCCAAUCGGUGAUAAAAAUUGGACGUAAUCACAUUUUAUCCAUUCUCAAAAAAUUAGAACAAAAUUUAAAAAGGAAUUGUUUCCUUCAUGCCUAUGAACGAGCUUUCAGGUUUUAUUAAAAGCUGGUGUGAACAAUAAGCAAGGACCUGAAUCUCAACUCAAAUAUUAAACAAGAUCCACAGAAUCCUUCAUUUCCAAUUUCUGAUUCCAUUAAGGGGCCCUCUCCUCUUUGGGUGGUGGAGAUGGUUUUUUAAUGAAAUCCCACCUUGUAUCUGAGUGAGUCUGGCAGGCUUUUUAGUUUCUGAGUUAAAUUUGUAAUAGAACCAUGGUGAUGCUGCUGACUUUGAUAUGUAUGACUCAGUCUUUCAAUAUAUGCUUUUCAAAGGAUUGUUGGAGACAUGACUUCAUAGCAAUAUGUAGAGAAUAUAUGAAAAUUGGCAGAUUGAGUGUUAGACAUUGCAAAAUCAAUUUUUUUACCUCUUUCCUACCAAUUUCACAUUUUGCUGGAACUUGUUCAUAUUUCCAUAGAUAACAGAAUUUGAGAACCAACAGUUCAGAAAUCAAGAAAAAAAAUAAAAAUUAGGAAAUUCUGAUAUCCUUAUAAAAUACCACUUUACAUUUAGAGAUUACAUUUAAGUUAAUGUCAUCUUACACGAAGGAGAAAAAUGUAACUUUCUCUGUAAGAUCUGUAUAUAGUGUAUAUAUCUAGAAAAUAAUCGGAAUGGCUAGUAAAUUUCAUUUGACCGUUGUUAUUUCCAGUCAAAAAGUGAGGAAGCACCUUCUCCAGUACUUGUAUUUUAUGCUACAUGUAAUGGAGUUGUACCUUUUUAUUAUUUAGUAAUUUCUAUACUAUGUUCCUAUACUCUUUGUUUUCAAGAUGAUUAUUAUUUCAUGUCCUUUCUAGCAAAAUAUCUCCAUGAGAUAUGUACUUUGUUUCAUAUUGAAAAGUAUAAAAUUUAUCUUUAAAUUCCUGUGUGUGUAUCCUAUGGUUAUCUGUAUGUAUUA